AGCCAAGCAAGCGCGAAAGCUGAGCAGAUCAGAUCAGGUGGAGCUGAGACAGAGAUCCGACCCGGUGCACCAGGCCGCACACAUGCCCCACCUCGCAGCGUCCCCCGCGUCCGCGUUCGCCGUCGCCGGGUUCCGGCCCCCACCCCGCGCGCCGACGCGGGCGCGGGCGUCUGCCACGGCCGGAGGAGCCGCGCGCACGGCCACGGCGGUGCAGCAGCAGACGCAGCAGCCGACGUUCUACGACCUGCUGGGGAUCUCGCCGGAGGGGAGCACCUUCGAGGACGUGCGGGCGGCGUACCGGCGGAUGGCGCGCAAGUACCACCCGGACGUGUCCCCGCCGGACGCCACCAAGGAGCACACGCGCCGCUUCAUCCAGGUGCAGGAGGCCUACGAGACGCUCUCCGACCCCAGCCGCCGCACCAGCUACGACCGCGCCCUCGCCCGCGGCGUCUGCCGCCUCGCCUUCUCCCCCGCCGCGCGCCGCCACGACGCCUCCGCCUUCUACCACCAGGAGCAGGAAGAGAGGUCUGGAUGGAGGACGUCCUGGGAAGGCCAAAUAUCCGAGCUGAAGAAGCGGAGCACGGUGAAGGACGCAGAAGAGAACCUAUCCUGGGGAGCUCAGAUGCGAAGAAGGGCUGAACAAUUGUGACAGUGCUCCUCGGACACUCUUAUGUCCACUAGCCAUCCGUAGCAUCUAAACUGUCUAUAUCUUUGAGUAGCAGAAGUUAGAAAGGUUAUGCUUAAGAAGCAUGCUUAGGAUCGGAGUUACAGCCAUGGCGCUGCUCGAGCCUUGCCUGGUGUAUGUUAAACCAUACUACCAUACAUAGCUCACAGCAAACAUAUAGUUCGAAUAGGUGCCAGGAUGUAUGUCGAACCCAACGAUGUCGCUCCUCCUUGGAUCUUACCUGAUGAAAUGUAAAUAUAAUGAGACAGAAAAUAAUCGAAGCUAGUUGUAUUUUGAGUCCAUGAUUUGACUCGUGGAA